AUGAACAGUUUGGCGCGCGUUUUUAGCAAUUUGCAAGACUUUUACAAUGACAUCAAUGCGGCCACACUGACUGGAGCCAUCGAUGUGAUCGCCGUAGAGCAGCCCGAUGGCGAAUUCGUCUGUUCGCCCUUCCACGUGCGCUUCGGCAAGCUGGGCGUGCUGCGCAGUCGAGAGAAGGUGGUGGACAUUGAAAUCAAUGGCGUGCCCGUUGAUAUACAAAUGAAAUUGGGCGAUUCGGGUGAGGCGUUCUUUGUGGAGGAAUGCCUGGAGGAUGACGAUGAUGAGUUGCCCGCCAAUCUAGCCACUUCACCCAUACCAAAGAGCUUUCUGCAAUCUCUGAACAACAAGAGCAUAGAUACACUGGAGGAUAUGCGCACAACUGACAAAACCGCUAGCGAUGAUUUGCAAAUACCGUUGCCGAUGCCGCGUCGCAACUCAAUUGAUCUCUCCAAAGAGGAGCCAAAGGAAAUUGCCACCGAGGGCAGUAAGAAAUUCGAGAAUCAGGCCUCCGACUAUACGCACCGCAGGCACACAGACAACAUGUUGGAGCGGCGUAAAUUGAAUGAAUCACUCAAGGAGUAUACCACUCAAAAGAUGCGCGAGGAGUGGGCCGAGCAUGAGGAGCUAUUCCAGGAGAAAAAGCAGCCCGAAAAGCUAGAGAAAUCGUCGGAUAUAAAACCCGAAUCUGAAGCGGGAACCAAAGUGGAACCACAACCAGAAAGCCUUGAAAAGACACAGGUAAUAUCCCAACCCGAAGCAAAGGAAGUUCAAACACCUCCAUCCGCCAAACCGGAGGUGUUGAUAGCAACACCCACAAGCACAACUGCAGAGGCAUCCACAACCGUCUCCAAUGAUGCCAACAAAGAUGAUGCCAAAAACAAGACGAAGAAGCGACGCAAGAAGUCGCAAAUGAAGAAGAAGAACACACAACGCAAGACAUCAUCGAGCAGCUCUGCGGGCAGCGCCGCUGGCGGCGAGACGACCAAUGCAGACGCCAACUCUAUCAACUCGAUGCUGGUCAGCAACAUUGAUGAGACGGAUGUGGUGGCUCUGAAAGCCAAUGCGAACACCAAUUCCUCCUCCAAUGAUGAGCAGGCAUCGGCAGCACUCCUAACCGCACACACGGGCAAUGAUAGUCCGUUAAGCGAACUGAACCAUGCUGCCACGCCCACGAAUUCGAUGCGCCAUGAUCUGGACAUACAUUUCUUCAGCGACACAGAAAUAACCACACCAACGGGCAUCGGGGCCGCUGGCGCUGGCCGGAACGCGGGCCGACCAUCGACGCCAAUCCAAAGUGACAGCGAACUCGAGACCACAAUGCGAGAGAAACGUCAUCUGGACGUUGAGAACAGCACGUUGUGGAAAUGGGGGGAACUGCCCACACCGGAGCAGGCCAAGGGAGCAGCCAAUGGUGCAGAUGCCCAGCAGAGCGAACGGCAUUGGAUGAUAAGCAAUAUGUUUAGCUUUAUGCGUCGGGCGAAUCGUUUGCGCAAGGAGGGCGCCACAGAGGCGGGCGAUAUCUAUCUAUCUGAUCUGGAAGUGGGCAGCAUGGAUCCAGAGAUGGCAGCUCUUUACUUUCCCAGCCCCAAGCCCAAGGAGACGGAUCGCGAGAGUGGCAAUGGCACUAGUCUGCCCCAUUCACCCAGUUCACUGGAGGAGAAUCAGAAGAGCUUGGAUUCGGACUUUGAUGAGACCCACAACAAACAGCUCGCACCACAUGGCAAGAAAUAUUUGGACUUCGUGGCCAUGUCCAUGUGCGGCAUGCAGGAGAAUGGUGCACCACCCAAGGAUGACGAUUUCGAUAGACAGCUGGUCACCUAUGCUGAUGUAUGCAAAAAUCCAAAUAUGUUCGCAUCACCAAAUCUAGUUGUACGUCUGAAUGGCAAAUACUAUACGUGGACGGCUGCAUGUCCCAUUGUAAUGACAAUGAUAACAUUCCAGAAGCAACUAACUGAUGAUGCCAUAGAACAGCUGAUCUCGCCUUCGGCCCAAGCAGCGGAUGAUGACAAGCCGGAAGCGUCGCACCAAACGGAACAUCCUGGUCAAACCAAGCGUUCCUGGUGGAGCUGGCGUAGAUCUCAAGAUGCGGUGCCUAAUCAGGCGAAAAUUCAUAAGAAUGAUUCAAUAUCUAAGGAUGAGAAGGAUGGCGAUCAAGCAGCUGUCAGCACACAAACAUCGCGGCCCAAUUCUCCAGACUUGAGCGAUCCAACGCUCAGCAAGACCGAUUCCUUGGUAAAUCCCGAAAAUACAUCUACCCAAGUGGAUAAUCUGGAGGAACUGACCAUGGGCUCAAAUAAGAGCGAUGAGACAAAGGAGCGAUACAAGAAAACUUUGCGUCUCAGCUCGUCGGCUAUUAAAAAACUAAAUCUUAAGGAGGGCAUAAAUGAAAUCGAGUUCAGUGUAACGACCGCUUAUCAAGGCACAACGCGCUGCAAGUGCUAUUUGUUCCGCUGGAAGCAUAAUGAUAAGGUCGUCAUAUCGGACAUCGAUGGCACGAUUACGAAAUCAGAUGUUUUGGGACACAUAUUGCCCAUGGUUGGCAAGGAUUGGGCGCAGCUGGGCGUUGCUCAGCUCUUUUCAAAAAUUGAACAGAAUGGCUACAAGUUGCUGUACCUAUCGGCACGCGCCAUUGGCCAAUCACGCGUGACACGUGAAUAUUUGAGAUCGAUCAGGCAGGGGAAUGUAAUGCUGCCCGAAGGCCCAUUGCUCUUGAAUCCCACUUCAUUGAUUUCCGCCUUUCAUCGGGAAGUCAUUGAAAAGAAACCGGAACAAUUUAAGAUCGCUUGUCUAUCGGACAUUCGCGAUCUAUUCCCGAAGAAGGAUCCCUUCUAUGCGGGCUAUGGCAAUCGUAUUAAUGAUGUGUGGGCCUAUCGAGCUGUUGGUAUACCCAUUAUGCGUAUAUUUACGAUCAACACGAAGGGUGAGCUGAAACACGAAUUGACCCAAACAUUCCAGUCAUCUGGCUACAUCAAUCAGUCGCUCGAGGUCGAUGAAUACUUUCCCCUGUUGACGCAAAACGAUGAAUACGAAUAUCGCACCGAUACGUUCGAGGAUGAGGAAUUGUCUGAUGAGCUACAAUACACCACCGAUAAUGAUGAUGAUGAUGAUGAUAAUAAUGAUGACGACGUUGACGUUGAUGAAGCUGAUGAUCAGGAUAUGAGCCUCAUAAUGGGCGACAGACAUGGUGCCAAAAAUGAGAUAUUACUAGAAUCGCCAACAAAAUGGCUAAAUUAACCUAACCCAUGACUAAGUCAAAAAUAUGGGAAUUAUCCUAAAUUUGUGAUAUUCAAAUAUUUUUAGUUAUUAAGUUUCUAUAAUUAGCUUUAUAGCGGGGAGCAAAACUUUGAUAGCUUUAACUCCCCGUUAUUAUUAUUAUUAUUAGUGAUAAGUUAACAACCCACACGAAGUAUGCCUAGUCUUAAAAGCUGGCGAACAAUUAGAAUUAGAUCGUAAGGAUUAUAGUUUUAGUUGUUUUCUUAUUUACUUUCUAAGUUUUAUACACAAAUAAAAUGUGUGCAUACUCUUUGGCUGUUUA